AUGGCAAUGGCAAACAAUAAAAGAAAAUGUUUGACAUCUGACAAAGAAAACAAUACAUAUCUUUGUGAAUGUUGUUCAAAAGGAUUUUGUUCUAGACAUAUACCAGAACAUCAACAAAGAUUGAAUGAAGAACUGCAUCAUAUUAUUAAUGAUUAUAAUGAAUUCAAAGAAAGAAUUAAUGAACGAAAACAAAAUCCUGAAAAUCAUUUAUUAAUAAAACAAAUUGAUCAAUGGGCAAGAAUUUUAAUCGAGAAAAUUCAACAAAAAGCAAAAGAUUGUAGAGAAGUUGUCAUUCAAUCAUUACAAACAUGUAUUAAUGAUAUUGAAAAGAAAUUUAAUGAUUUAAAUGAACAAAUACAACACCUUCAAAAAGCAAAUGACUUUAACGAAAUUAAUUUAAAUUAUUUAAAAGAUCAAUUAACAGGAAUAACACAAGAAUUAAAUAAUCCAUCAAACAUCUCUAUUGAACAAGAUUCACAAUCAUUAAUUAAUGAUAUUUCAAUUAUUUUAUCAAAAAAAUCAAAAUUCAAUAAAUGGAAACAAAAUCCCAUAAUCGUAGCUGGUGGAAAUGAAGAAGGAGAAGAAUUAAAUCAACUCAAUAGUCCUGUUGGAAUCUUUAUUGAUAAAAAGAAAAGUAUUUUCAUCGCUGAUUGCUAUAAUGAUCGUGUUGUUGAAUGGAAAUGUAAUGCAAAACAAGGACAAGUCAUUGCAGGUGGAAAUAAGGAAGGAAAUCGAAUGGAUCAAUUGAAUUGUCCAACAGAUAUAAUUGUUGAUCAACAAAAUCACUCAAUCAUCAUUGCUGAUUGUGAUAACAGACGAGUGGUGCAAAAGUUGAGUUAA